AAGGGAAUAGAAUAUUCACUUACAAGGUCUUGGGAAGUCGGGGCAGCUACUACGGCGACGCCGAGGCGAGGCGUGCGCUUAGAUCUGCCCAUUUCUUCGAUCACAACGAGGCGCCAGCGCUGGCGAUGGAUUUGUGACUAGGUAUUGCGCGAAUUCCAGCCAUGACGACCACCAGCAAGAUCAAAUCGAUCGAUUUCUAUAGGAAAAUUCCGAGAGAUUUAACCGAGGCAUCGCUCUCUGGAGCUGGACUAUCGCUGAUCGCUGCUUUUGCGAUGAUUUUCUUGUUUGGAAUGGAGCUAAACAAUUACUUGACUGUGUCGAGCACAACGAACGUUGUGGUGGAUAGAAGCAAAGAUGGUGAAUAUUUGCGCAUACAAUUCAAUAUGAGUUUUCCUGCUUUGUCCUGCGAAUUUGCUUCGGUUGAUGUGAGCGACGCACUGGGAACUAAUAGAUAUAAUCUUACCAAGACAGUGAGAAAGUACCCGAUUGAUCCAAAUCUAAAGAUUGUCGGACCUGAGUUUCAUCCCGGUCCUAUUCCCAAUCCAACAAGUCACGGUGACGACGAUCACGAAGGAGAGGGCGCUCACGUCCUUACGAGCAGCACUUUUGAUGAAUAUGCACGCCGGUAUUCGGUUUUGGUCGUCAACUUCUAUGCUCCUUGGUGCAUUUGGAGCGCUCGUUUGAAACCAUCCUGGGAUAAAGCGGCUGGAAUUAUUGCUGAAAAGUAUCAUCCCGAUACCGGAAGAAUUCUACUUGGAAAGGUGGAUUGCACUGACAACAAUGAUCUCUGCAGAAAGCAUCAUAUUCAAGGAUUUCCAUCGAUAAGAAUUUUUCGCAAGGGCCACGACCUGAAGGGGGACGAGCACGGUCAUCACGAACACGACUCUUACUAUGGCGAGCGUGACACUGAUUCUCUUGUCAAGGCCAUGGAGGCGCUUGUACCUAAAGAGACUACUCUUGCUCUGGAGGACAAAACCAAUGGGACCGUAAAGAGGCCAGCUCCGCGUGCGGGAGGGUGUAGGAUCGAGGGAUUCAUUAGAGCAAAGAAGGUUCCAGGAAAUAUUAUUAUCUCGGCACACUCAGGGUCACAUUCCUUCGAUGCUUCGGCAAUGAACAUGACUCACUACGUUAGCCAGUUCUCAUUUGGGCGGGAGCUCAAUUUUUGGAUGCGAAGGGAGCUCUAUCGCAUAUAUCCUCAUCUAGCAUCAGUGUACGACACAGUGGAAGCUAAUCUCACUGGCAGGAUAUACGUCUCACAACACGAGAACAUCACGCAUGAUCAUUACUUGCAAGUCGUCAAAACGGAAGUUGUCUCUCUUCAAAAGAGAAAGGAGUUUAGCCUCUUGGAGCAGUACGACUAUACAUCGCACAGCAACACUGUCCAAAACACGAACGUUCCAGUUGCAAAGUUCCAUUACGAACUCUCUCCAAUGCAGGUUUUGGUGAAGGAGAACCCAAAAUCCUUUUCACAUUUCAUCACCAAUGUCUGUGCGAUCAUCGGCGGUGUAUUCACUGUGGCGGGGAUUGUUGACUCAAUGCUGCAUGGUGCAAUGCGCAUGGUGAAGAAGAUUGAAUUGGGAAAGCAAUUUUGAGAGGAAAAGAAAAAGUUUUUCUUA